AUGGCAGAAGUCGUACAAGCCCGCACGACCCUCGGCGCUGCGCCCGCCUCACCAUCUCGAAAGCGCUCAGCCUCUCCCAUCGGAGAAGAAGCCGCAAGUAACGCGCUGACAACGAGCAACAACGAGAACACGAUCACUGCUCCCACACCCGAGAACGGCGAGCCUCCUACUAAAAAGACAAAACUCAUCCGCCGGAAACGCCGGCCAGCACGUCCUCAAGUCGACCCUAGCACUAUCAAAUCCGAACCCCCGCCUCAAACUGGCACAGUCUUCAACAUCUGGUAUAACAAGUGGUCCGGUGGCGACAGGGAAGACGCCGCCUUGUCAAAGCACGCGGCUCCAAACAGAUGCAAUAUCAGGAACGAUAGCGGGUGGACACAGGCAGACAAGACACCAGGGAGCUAUUUCUGUUUAUUUUUUGCAAGGGGCAUCUGUCCCAAAGGCCACGAGUGCCAGUAUCUACACCGUUUACCUACAAUCUAUGAUGUCUUCAACCCCAACAUGGAUUGUUUUGGCCGCGACAAACACUCAGACUACAGAGACGACAUGGGAGGCGUGGGAUCCUUCAUGCGUCAGAACCGCACACUAUACGUCGGGCGCAUCCACGUCACAGAUGAUAUAGAGGAGGUUGUGGCGCGGCAUUUUCAAGAAUGGGGCGAAAUCGACCGUAUCAGAGUCCUGACUGGAAGGGGCGUCGCUUUUGUCACAUACGUAAAUGAAGCAAACAGCCAGUUUGCGAAGGAGGCGAUGGCACAUCAGGCGCUCGACAACAAUGAGAUAUUGAACGUACGUUGGGCGACGGUGGAUCCGAACCCACUAAGUCAGAAAAGAGAGGCAGCAAGGAUUGAGGAGCAGGCUGCUGAGGCGGUAAGGCGGGCGUUGGGGGAGAGGGCUGUUAGGGAGAUCGAAGGGCGGGAGACGAGGGAGGAAAGGGAACAGAGAAAGACUGAGAGCAGCUACGGGUUGGAAGGAUACGAGGCCCCGGAAGUGAUUCGGUUCAACCAUCAGAAGGAGCUUGGGGGCCAGAGAGCGGGCGAAAGAGGCUUGCUUGAAGCACCGCCGACUGAGGAGAAUGCAGAAGACGGAACCGCGGUCGACGAGAGCGCAACUGUCGGCUCAUCAGCGCAAGCGCAGGUCACCAGAGAAGGUGGUGCCACGACGAAUGGGAACGGGGACAGCAUUUUCGGGAGCUCUACUCUCGCAGCGCUGAGAGGAUAUGCCUCGAGUGCAUCACCGGCACCUCGACCGAAGCCAGCACCGACUGCGGGUCCGCUAGUUGCGUAUGGAAGUGAUGAAGACGAUGACUAG